CCCUGAGCUUAUUGGGGUUCUAUAUUUGUAUACUAUGCCGAUAAGGCGGCAACAGGUGUUUGAGCCUGCGCUUUAACUUUGGAUAUCUACCUCGUGGAGGGACACCGUAACGUCGGCCGCUAUAUGGGAGCAUAGGAGAAACACAUUACAUGUUCGGUGAUGCUAUUGCAGCAUCGUGUCAUGCUCAGCGUCGGGUGAAGGCAACUGUCAUGCUUGAGGAAGGGAUGGGCGCCGGGCUGUCAGCACCGGAUGGUAAGAGAGCCAAUAGAGGCAGCUUGCCAGCCGUUGAGCUGCAUUGCCAUUGCUAAAUGCAAUUGUCGACAGCUGUGCCGGGCUUAGUGCAGCGCAGGUAUCUUGUGUCUUGGAUUUAUGUGACCCCAGCACCUCAUACAGGCUGGCCAAUGCAUUUUUUCGCCCACCCUAGCUCAAGCGGAGCAGCCGCGCCAAAGGCUACUUCUGAUCGAUUUAGAGCCAGCACUAAACCGACGGGGUAGCUGCCAGAGAAGGCAAACGGAACAAUGCUGCAUUGGUCCACCAGGGCGGGCGUGUCAAAAGGGAAUGGCGACGUGGUGCGGCCCCCUUUUUGCGCUUGCGCAACGAUGUGUCAGUCUCGUCAUUUCGCGGACAGGGCUGUCGUCGCGGAAGCCUACAGCGGGCGAAUUUUAACUUUUUCUGGUUUACUUUCCCACUGGCAAGCGGCCCAGCAAAGGAGAACUGGCUGAGGGGCGGGGGAAGGGGGCAGCAGGCCUGAAAUCUGUGGGCACCCAGGGUUCUGUUUGCUUUGGUGGUGUUGGCUCUGCCUCUUUUACUGGGCGUGCCGCUACACACACCGACUUGGGGCCUGUCUACACACCCCUCCAUCAUCGAAUCGCGCCGGGGGAGAGACAAGCAGACACGCCCAACCAGCCCCAAGACACCCAAACGCCGCGGCGCCGCUGCAGGUUCUGGCCAGUUAGCUUUUGCACCUCUGGCUCCUUCGCCCGCCGUCGUUGUCCCCCGUCAUACUGUGGUCCCGCUUGGGUGUGCCGUUGAAGCCAUUACGGCUCUGCUUGGGCUGCUGGAACGCCAGAGAUGCAUUGACGUACCCUUUGUGCCGUGAUAAUGGCCAGGGGAGAGGUGCUCUGUCUGGCCUGACUGUCCUCUUUGCCAUAGUAGGGGGGAAAUGGCAAAGGCAGGCAGACAGACAGACAGACAGACAGACGAGGCGUUGAAAUGGGAUGUGUGCACUCUACACUUACAAGACAUCAAGCACCCUGGUCUCGCCGCCUCCCACCAUGUCUGCGUGCGUGGUGUUGUGCCCCAAACGAGCCACUCUUUGACCAGAUUGUUUCUCUUUUUAAUUAUUUCUUUUUUCUGCCCCCUCGUCGUCUCGUCGUCCCCGUCCGGCAUCUGCAUCCAUUUGUUCCGACUGACAGCUAGAUUUCCGGAUCGUGGGUCCUGUGAUAUUGCCACGUCCCUCAUUGCUUCCUUGAUCUGCCUUGUUCAUCACACCCCUCCCCUUUUUCAGUGCUGCUCUGCUAAGCUACUAUAAUACCUGGCGUUUCCUUUUCUGACACUUGCUUGCCUCGCUUUCUCUCAUAACAGCCGCCCUGGGAAUCCACUUGCUUGGUAUCGUCGUUUUACCUAGCCUCACCUCCAGCCCGGUCUUGUGCUCGACACACGGUUCUUGUUACAGCGACGCAUCGCUGCCGUCAACCACUCUGGCCUUCAAUCUCCUGCCCAGUGGUGGGAUGAAACCUUGCGUGGCACCGACUAUGCUACCUUAAGAGUUUAUUAUACACAUUAAACUAAACAACUGCGGACCUCUCGAUCGUUGCUGGCUUUCUCAAAUCAUCUAUUAAUGCCCCUUCCCAUUACUCAUUCUCUAUCGCCUUUGCAACUCCACAACUGAACAAUCUUUCGAUCCGUUCAAGGCCCAAAAUCUACCUGGCAUCGCGCAUACCGCUCUUUUGACACUUGUCUCCCGCUAAAACUUUGUUCACUUUGCGACCCCCUGCAACACAAGUACACAGCCUACAACACCCUCUUGAACGAUCUAGCAUUCUUCUCUGGAACUGUCAGAUCAGACAAUCUAGAGACAUCUUGCAUCCUUGAUUCCCUUUUACUUUGUCAAUAAACCCCCACAGUCGCAACCGUGGCUCAAAUAACUACUCAAACGGCGGUCUGCAUCCCGCAACGUGAGCAGCAUACUCUCUUUUCCUCUACCAACCGCAACAGUCCCUUCGCCAGAGACGCUAGAAUCACACAAGACCGCCGGAACGGCGAGCGACCUCGACCGACGCUCAAGGUGGAGAUAUCAUCACUAAUAAAGGGUGUUGGCUCCUCCAAUGAGUCCCGCCUGCUACCUCAUCAUCAACACCAGUCAUCUUCGGUUGUUUCGCAGCCGCAGCCGCCGCUGGCGUCAAGCCUUGGCUCGCAGCCGUCACAUGUUCUCCUCUCAGGCUCAAGCAGAACGUCAGAAAUUUCAGACAAUAUGCAACCCCAAUUGUCUGCUAAGCCGGCCAAGAAGCAGAGCAAAUGGUCUCCCGAAGAAGACGCGAGGAUCAUCCGCUUACGAGGCGAGGGUAUGAAGUGGGAUGAGAUUUCAAACCAUCUACCUGGACGGAGUUCUAUUAGCUGCCGCCUUCAUUACCAAAACUACCUCGAGAAGAAGAGUGUAUGGGAUGAGGACAAGAAGAACAAGCUCGCUCUUGUAUAUGAACGAAUGAAGGCACAGAUGUGGAGCAAGGUAGCAGAGGAACUUGGCGUUCCCUGGAGAGCGGCAGAAGCUAUGCAUUGGCAGAUGGGCGAAAUGGAAAUGACCAGACGAGCCGGCUCAAGCCCGUUUGUGCUGGCGCCUCAAAAGACUGAUCCAGCACAACGCAACGCAACUGUCCGCCGCCCAGGAUCUCAGCCACUUGUACAAGAAUCUAGCAGCCGCGAAUACCUUCCAUACGGAACACGCCCGCCAUACACAGGCUACAGCAAUAGCAGCGACACGCAAAUCGCCAUGCCUGUACCGUAUACGGUCUCACAGCCAACCAGAGAACCAUCUGCCUAUUCCUCCAACAACACACCGAUUAUGCGGCCAUCAUCCACCGCUCCUGCUCCUCCCCCUGCCCCUUCUGCACCAGCUCCGCCUAUUGAAAGCUGCUCGCCCCCAACUUUGCCUCCACUCCAUGUCGACGUCCAUUACAAGGCAGCCCCCAGCUUGGCGCCGAUUCACGGCCAGCCAUCGCCACGCCCUCGAGGAUCCCUACCUGGAAUUGCCGAAUUGACUACUGGAUUGGAUCUUUAUGAGAGCCAGCCGCGAGAUUCCACGCGGACCUCUCUAGGAUCUGAGCCGCGGUGGGAUGGCGGCCUAGCAAGCACUGCAUCUGGAGAACGCGACUUUCACAGUCUGAAGCGCAGAGCAAGUCAGCCUCUUAGUCAUGAGGACAUGAGCUUCCGCAAACAACGACGCUGAGCAUAUCGCUUCGCUCUGAACAUAUAAAAAAGAGAAAUUAAUCAUUAGCAUCGCAUAAGGACGAUACGGCGUUCGGGAGAGAGACAGCAGACCAUCACUUUCAUACAUUUCGCACAUACAUGGUGUUCAUUUUUAACGGCCGAGAUUCGAGAGUCAUUGUCAUUGUCAUUAUUGUUUAUUUGUUUUUCAUUCUCUACGAGCAUUGCUUGUAUAUCAUUGCUUGUUCAGUACAAAUAUUGAAGGCGCACGAAACCAAGAAGCGCUCGCAGGCGACAGAUUGCCUGUUUUGGAUUCGGACGAAGUUUUGUUUUGGUGCUUAUAAUCGGCGACUCAUGCCUUUGGUCAUUUAAUUAGGCCGACAGAAUUCCUAGAGCAGCUCACAGGCUUUUGGAAAGACAUGGCCUCCUCUUGUUUGGUAAUCAACGGCCGGCUCCCUUUCAGCAUUUUCAUUUUUUCCUUCACAUUCAGAUAGAGCAUCGCUAGCAUCGACAUAGAUUAGGAUACCCUCGACAGGACUGUCGAUUAAUGUCAUUAUAAUAAUUAGUAGCAUUCUAUGCCCUUUAAUUUUGCUUUUUGUGUCUAAACAGUCUCAUGUCUUCCUCGUGCAUAUUACCCACCAGUUAUCUCGUUCAUAACCACUCUCCAGGACGACGCCACCAGCCGCGGCGACAUCAUCCUCAAGCUCGCCCUCCUUAUACAAGUGAUAAUAGCGCUGAAAGGUCUCAUCAGGCUUUCCCUUUGAUCGCAUGACCCACGGCACAAGCGUAUCUUGGGCGGAGGCCUCGUCCCAACCUCGGCGACUGCUAGCCUGUUCCAGAGCCCAGACAAAAAUCAUGGCCUUUGCCUGGUCAUCUCCACUCUGUGGUCGUAGGCAAGCCAGGAUCUUUUCUAUACUUUCUCUUCUCCGGUCCGGAGUCGAGAGAUGGUGAAUGACAGCAAUGCUAAUGGCAAAGUCGAAGCGGCCUAGAGGAUAUGGCAACGCCAUGCCGUCUGCAACGGCCACCUCGCCGCCCUUUUCAGCCCGGGCCAGCGAUACAAGGGCAUCGCUGCGGUCGGAGCCAAAAAUAUGCAAGCUAGGAUUCACAGGCAAGUACUUUCCGUUGCCACAGCCGACGUCGAUGCCCACAGCGCCAGGCUUUUGGCCCUGCAGGAAGCUUGCUACUAGCGGCCACGGCUUGUGGCGAGUCGAAGAGAAGUGUGGUGCGAUUUGGUUGUAUACGGCAUGUACGUGCGUUGACUCGUAUGCAUCAGCAGCAGCAGAAGGGGUGUCCUUGGUUGGCAUGGCCUCAUGCGCAGCCUGCUCUGGUGUAUCUUGAGCCUGGCUCAUGGUGAACUGUGAACUGUAGCACUUGGCUUGUGGAGCUGGGUGUGCAGAGAGGGCCUUGUUCCAAUGUUAAUGGACCUGACUCUGCGAUAUAGACCUGCUGUGCAGACUAAUACGACGCCUCAAGAGGAUUGGCUUGCUUUGCUAAACGUGCAGUAGCGGGGUAUCUGACGGCGGAGCCUUCCUGGAUGGGCUAGAUGCAAUGCAGAGAGGCGUUGAAGAAUCCUGGUGCAAGGUCUUCAAACCGGUAAUACAGGGAAAAGCUUGACUAGUGUGAGAUAUCACCGUUUUGAUAUAGCAGUGCGGGGGGGAGGUGGCCUUAGAAAGCGGCGUUGUUCAGUGUAGCGCUGCUUGGUAGAGAGGAUUUGAUCGGAUGAAUGAACGGAUUGGGUGAUAGGAGAGACUUUGCAGUGCUGAGGUUUUCGGUAAAAUGCAGUUUCAAAAGGCGAGCUUUGGUAGGCG